ACUCGUGAAUGUGAACUACAUUCGUGCGCACGCGUAUUGCGCAGUGGAAGCCAUGUUAAACUUAUGGAAGUAGGACUGAGAUUUUUCCCAGACACCGUAUGUUUUUAGUCAAUUUCUUACAGUUUUUAAAAUAGGUGUCCCGUAAGCAAACCUAUCGGAUUCCGAAACAGGGGUUCAGACGAUGAAUUCCAGUUUCGACCUCUCCAGGCGCAAUCCGCAGGAGGAUUUCGAGCUAAUUCAGAGGAUAGGAAGCGGUACAUACGGCGAUGUCUAUAAGGCUCGGAAUGUCAACACGGGGGAGCUGGCCGCCAUUAAAGUCAUCAAACUGGAACCGGGCGAGGACUUUGCGGUGGUGCAGCAGGAGAUCAUCAUGAUGAAGGACUGCAAGCACUCCAACAUCGUGGCAUAUUUCGGCAGUUAUCUCAGGAGAGAUAAAUUAUGGAUAAGUAUGGAGUACUGUGGAGGAGGAUCCCUGCAGGACAUUUACCAUGUAACGGGGCCUCUGUUGGAGUCACAGAUAGCCUACAUGUCGCGGGAAACUCUUCAGGGUUUAUAUUAUCUCCACAACAAAGGAAAAAUGCACAGAGACAUCAAGGGUGCUAAUAUCCUGUUAACAGACAAUGGGUAUGUGAAGCUAGCGGACUUUGGCGUAUCGGCCCAGAUCACCGCCACGCUAGCCAAGAGGAAGUCCUUCAUCGGCACGCCGUACUGGAUGGCCCCCGAAGUGGCCGCAGUGGAAAGGAAGGGCGGCUACAACCAGCUGUGCGACAUCUGGGCGGUGGGCAUCACCGCCAUAGAGCUGGCCGAGCUGCAGCCCCCCAUGUUCGACCUGCACCCAAUGAGGGCUCUCUUCUUGAUGACGAAAAGCAGCUUCCAGCCCCCCAAAUUGAAAGACAGAGCAAAGUGGUCGAGCAAUUUUCACCAUUUCAUUAAAUUGUCCUUGACGAAGAAUCCGAAGAAGAGGCCGACGGCGGAAAAACUGUUGCAGCACCCCUUCAUCUCCCAGCCCCUCAGUCGCAUUCUGGCCAUCGAGCUCCUGGACAAGGCCAGCGACCCAGACCUCUCCCUCUACCCGGACGUGGACGACGAUGACCCCGAGCCUGAUAGCCCAGUGUCCGUGCCGCAUCGAAUCCGGUCCACCAGCAGGAGCGCCCGGGAGGGGAAGACGCUGUCCGAGAUCAACUUUGACCAAGUCAAGUUUGACCCCCCUCUUAGGAAGGAGACGGCACCUCAUCAUGAGCCGCCUGAAACUGACGAUUUUUUGGACUGUGUGGAAGAAAUGUACUACACUGCAAGAUCUAAUCUGGACGGCCCACUGGAUGCUGAUGGCUCCCAGGGCAGUUCCCUCCUGACAACCAAUAGGAGUCUUCUGAAGUCUGUAGAAGCGGAGCUACAGCACAGCUCCUCCAGCUCCACGAUGAGACCCAAAAUGCCCCCACCGCUGCCCCCGAAGCCAAAAUCCAUCUCUGUCCCCCAAGAUAGCGUCUCUGGAGGGGACGACAGCAACCAGGGGACCAUCAAGCGCUGCCCGGCUUCGGAGAGCCCCAGCCGUCCCGCCUCCUACGUGCCCCCCCGGCCCCCGCCCCCACGGCUGCCCCCCCACAAGCGCAGCAGCCUAGGCAAUGGAGUUAGCCCCUCUCAGGUGAAUGGAGAGAAGGCCGGCGUUAUGUGGGAGGCACAGUCCACAAUGCCCCCUGCUGUCCCCUUACGGAAGGACAGGAAGGACAUUCCGAAGCCAAUCAGCAAUGGUCUUCCACCCACUCCCAAGGUUCACAUGGGAGCUUGUUUCUCCAAGGUCUUCAAUGGCUGUCCAUUGAAAAUACACUGUGCUACGUCCUGGAUCAACCCAGACACGAGGGACCAGUAUUUGAUUUUUGGGGCAGAGGAGGGAAUUUACACCCUGAACCUGAACGAGCUGCACGAGACCUCCAUGGAACAGCUGUUUCCCCGCAGGUGCACGUGGCUCUACGUCAUGAACAACACCCUGCUCUCCAUAUCCGGGAAAGCCUCCCAGCUCUACUCUCACAGUCUGGCUGGUCUGUUUGAGCACGCCAGGCAAAUGCAGAAGCUACCGGUGUCCAUUCCUACUCAUAGACUUCCUGACAAAAUGAUUCCCAGGAAGUUUUCGAUAUCCAAUAAGAUUCCAGAUACAAAAGGGUGCCAAAAGUGCUGCGUAGUGAGGAAUCCGUACACAGGUCACAAGUACCUGUGUGGGGCCUUCCAGUCCAGUGUGGUUCUGUUCGAGUGGGUCGAGCCCAUGCAGAAGUUCAUGCUUAUCAAAGCCAUUGAGGUGCCCCUGCCGUGCCCGCUGGAGGUGUUUGAGAUGCUGGUGGUGCCGGAGCAGGAGUACCCCCUCAUCUGCGUGGCCGUCAGCAAGGGGGCGGAGCUCAGCCAGGUGGUGCGCUUCGAGACCAUCAACCCCAGCUCCACCUCUUCCUGGUUCACCCAGUCAGACGCACCUCAGUCCUGUGUGAUCCACGUCACUCAGCUGGAGAGAGACACGAUACUGGUCUGCCUUGACCGCUGCAUUAAGAUAGUGAACCUGCAGGGGAGGCUCAAGUCCAGCAGGAAGCUGUCUGCGGAGCUGACCUUCAACUUCCUGAUCGAGGCCAUAGUGUGUCUCCAGGACAGCGUUCUGGCCUUCUGGAAGCACGGAAUGCAGGGGCGGAGCUUCAAGUCUAAUGAGAUUACGCAAGAGAUUUCCGACAACACGAGGAAUUUCCGGCUCUUAGGAUCCGACAGAAACUACAGUGCAGAAGAGAGUACAGGGAACAAUGACUCCAGGGGUCUGUCCAGGGUUGUGGUGCUGGAGAGCCGACCUACAGACAACCCCACCGCAGACAGCAACCUGUACAUCCUGGCCGGGCACGAGAACAGUUACUGACCCCGCUGCAUCAUGGGAAUGGAACACUACUCUCCUAGCAACAGCGUUCUCUGUUACUAAGCUGGCUUACUUCCCGCUUUCCUGUUUCUUCAUUCUAAUGUUUUUUUAAUUUAUUGUGGCUCGUAACAAAGAUACAGAGGACAUUUUCUCUCCUUUUUUUAUUGAUUUAAUUUGUUUUGUGUUGCCGCUGCGACCAGUACCUUCUAUUCCACGCAAGUGCUCGAUUGACUUAUAUUUAAUUGUAAAUAUAAAUAUAGUAUUUUUCGAAGGAAGAGAAACUACACUAAAAGACUGGUUAUGUAGAUAUCGAUGCAUAUAUGUUGUACAGGUGUUCCAGGCUGUACAUUUGUAAAGGUUUGUUGAGUGUUGGAAAUGGGUAUUGGGGUACUACUUCAAAAGGGCUGGACUGGCAAAGUCGUGUUUUGGGGGAUACAGUACCGUGAAAGUAUUUGUUGUGGUGAGAAGUAGAGCAAAAUGCCGACCCUAAUGAUAGAGAUGUAUAUUUUCGAAUUAUAUGAUUUGCAAAUAUGAAAUAAUUCUUAAUUUUGAAGCUUUUAAUCUUAAGCCAUUUGCCAUAUUGAUUAUUCUGUGGAAUACACUGGUGUAAAAAAAAUAAUUUGCACAAAAGGCUUUGAAAAAUGUGAUUUUAAUGUAUAUAUCUGUGUUUGUUCAUGUGUAAAGCAUAUACUUACAUAUAGUAUAUAGGUAUAUGUGAAUUUACAUGUGGCGUGCGUACACAUUGGUGUACACUUCUAUAUUCCUAAGUAUGUUCUCACAAGCUGUGACACUGAUGUUGAAUUUCACUAUAGAUUAUGAAAUGAACUGUUACCGACAGAACAACCGAAGCAUUACUUUGGAGAUUUUAAGGUUUAAAACCGUUUCACGAUCGAGCUAGUUGUAGAGCAUUUUUUUUCCAGUGGUACCAUUAGUCUUGAUUUAUAUUCAGUUGUAGUUCUCAAAAUUUCUUUGCAAUUAUGUAGACCGGUUUUGAUUGAGAGAAUGCGAGAGAAACAUGCCUUUCUGUUGGUCAUGGCUGUGAGGUUAAGUUUCUCUGUUUUACUUUUUUUAAUGUCAUGCCAAAAUAUGUGUUGUUUUUAAAAGAUAUGGCCAAAAUGAGUUGCGUGUCUCUACCUCGUGCGAUGUUGUCUUAAUACAAAUUCCUUUGAAUGCCUGUCGGUAAAUAAGACUCGAUAUUGUCCGUGCGUGAUGACGGUGAAAUGCACACUACGCAAUUAUUGCAUCGGAAUCUUUUUUCCACAACUUGGAGGUGUAAUAACUACAAACUAAAAGUUUUCCUUUCUGCAAUGUUAACAUUUUCAUGCAAUGCAUUAUGUAUAUAAUGUAAAAUAAAAAAAUCGAUUGAUUUUA